AUGAAUUAUAUUGAUAUAUCUCUAUGUAUUUCUAUAUUUGAGUACCUAGUAUUAUUUGGAAAAGUCGAAGCCUUACAGAGUGAAAACAUCAUUGGUGGUUUUUAUGGAGACAUUCAAAACUUUCCUUACCAAGUGACCUUGUACAGCAGUCUAGGUCAAUGUGCCGGUGGCAUAAUAAGCGAUCAAUUCAUCAUAUCGGCAGCUCAUUGUGUGGUCGAUAAAAAUAAUCUGAAAGUGUCUUCAGUGACAGUUUACGGUGGAGUCACAGAUUUGGAUGAAGAUGAGGAUUCAGAAUUUUAUGUUGAAUACCACGUCCAGGAAUAUUAUUACCCAAAAAAAUAUAUUAGGGAUACAAGCGAUUCUUUCAAAGCCGAUAUUGCUGUUCUAAAGAUUUACGAAACGUUUGACUUUUUAAACAAUCCUCAUACGCAAAUCCUUGAGUUGCCAUCAAAUGAGCAUAGAUUAAAAAAUUAUAUUGGAAAAAUAGCUGUACUAGCAUCUUUUGGAGUUCAAAAACUUAUCGGCAAACCUUACCUUGACCACGAAAAUGAAUUACAAAUCAAUGGAAGUGCAUUGCGAAGGUUGCAUUACAGCAAUGUCAAAAUUUUAAGUAAAAGAUUGUGCGAAUUUUAUGAAGGUUACGGUGACAGUGGAAGUCCCCUCGUCUAUAAUAACACAAUCAUAGGAGUUUUGUCCGUGGGCCCAAUGGACUGCGACGAGUCAUUGGAUACUUCAAUUUAUGUUGAUGUAAUGCAUCAUACAAAAUUUAUUGAAAAUGCGCUCAACAAAUUUUUAGUAAAAGCUUUAAAAAGUGAGAACAUAAUCGGUGGUUACGAUGGAGAUGUCAAGAAUUUUCCCUACCAAGUUACCAUAUCAAGCGAUCGAGGUAUAUGUGGUGGUGGUAUAAUAAGCGAUAAAUUUAUCAUAUCGGCAGCUCAUUGUGUUAUCGACAAGGAGACCCUUGAAGUCUCUAAAGUAACAAUUAUUGGUGGAAUCACUGAUAUGGACAAAGAUAAGGAUUCAGAAUUUCACGUUAAAUGCCAUGUCGAGAAAUUUUAUUUUUUACAAGAAUAUUUUCUUAACGGUCGUUUGCCUUAUGUAGCCGAUAUUGUCGUACUGAAGAUAAGUGAAGCUUUUGAUUUUUCAAAGAAUCCCAACACCCAAAAACUAAAAUUGUCAUCAAAUGGGGACAACUUGGAAGAUUACAUUGAAAAAACAGCGGUCCUGGCGUCUUUCGGGAUUCAUAAUCUGUCUCAUAGACCUUAUUUUGACAGCGAAAACAAAUUAAAUCACGGCGGAAGUCCAUCGCGGGCUUUGCAUUACAGCAAGGCAAAAGUAUUGAGCCAGAAAUUAUGCAAAUUCUAUUCAUCAAAAAUCAAGGAAGAUCAAUUUUGUGCACGACUAUUUACAACCGGUACAGAUUCUAAGGGUUUUCCAGAUGGUACAUGCUAUGGUGACAGUGGAAGUCCUCUGGUUUACGACAACACAAUCAUUGGAGUACUGUCUGUUGGUUCAACGUACUGCGAUGAGACAUUACACGCUUCGGUUUAUAUUAAUGUAAUGCAUUACAAAGACUUUAUUGAAAAUGCACUUAGUGGUUAUUGUGAUCCUAAUUCCAUGUACUGCGAAAUUUUGCCAUAA